AUGGCUUCUUCUCCUUGUACUUCUGGAAUUGUUCUUGAUUUAUCGCCUUUCACAUCUGCCUCUGCAGCAGCAGCCGAGGGAACAGAUCCAGAAUUACAGUAUUGUGAGGAUGAACAAGAACUGUUGUUAACUGCAAACACGUGCGAUGAUUGUAACAAGGGUGCAUCUUACGAAGAGGCCUUCCAGGGACCACACAAGUGGAGACGGCAUCUACGUCAUGUUCCAUCGAAACGCUCCAAGAAGAACCAGCAGGGUGAGGAAUCCUCCAAGGAUCAAGAGAGUCAUUACCACCGAUAUUUCGACAGCGAGUCUGACAACCCAAAUGACGAAGAGUAUUCACAGGAGGUCAGUGACUCAGCUGUUCAUGAAUAUGCUCAUGGUACAGAAGGUUUGACGGACCAGGAUUCAGUAGCCAACAUCCCACCUUGGAAGCAGGAACUACUGGAGAAAUCAUCCCAAAAACGAAUGUACAAGCAACCAAACAAUGUAACAGGCAGUCAGAUGUCACAGAUCCCUGUGACUGUCCGACGCCGUGGGAGUCUACAUGGGCAGUCAGAGUCUGCCUUUACACGCCAGGUAGUAAACUCUGGUGUCAGCAGUGCUGCUGCCCGGAAGAGACUCUCACCAUCUAACUCAUUUCGACAAGCCAUCUCCAAUACAAGUGCCUACACCGGUCGGAGAAAUGCUGCACAGCAAAGCGCACUCAUGGAUGUUUCGACCAACACAGAUCUCACCAAAAAACGCAUAGACAGAGUGCAAAGAGCAAGACUAUACCUACUCCAGCAGACAGGGCCCAAUUCAUUCCUCAUUGGCGGAGACUCACCAGAUCACAAAUACCGGGUCAUUAUUGGACCGCAGACAUGUAGUUGUGGGCGCGGCCCCCACUGUGUGCAUGUGUUGUUUGUGAUGCUGCGGGUAUUCCAAGUGGGGGAAAAUGACCCCUGUCUCUGGAGCAAAACUUUGAAAAAUUAUGAAGUAGAGAACCUAUUUCGCAUCUACCAUGACAAACGCAGUUCUCGUAUUGCAAAACGUCGUUUAUCCCAACGUAGAAAGGAGGAGUACAUACAAGAGGAGGGUAGGGGUGAAGGGGAUGGAGCGUCCCUGGCUGGUACUCUGGAUAACAGUCGACUUCCUUCAGAAAGUGAUGCUGGGAGUGUGCGAGAAGAGGAGGACAUCUGCCCAAUUUGUUUGCUGGAGAUGUUGGAAGGGGAAAGUCUGAUCAAAUGUGAACAUGGGUGUCACAACCGACUUCACCAUCAUUGCAUAGCUAUUUGGUUUGAAGAGUGCAGAAGACAGAACGACCCCCUCAACUGCCCCCUGUGUCGAUCCCAGUGGAAGUCUACAACAGUAGAAAUUAAAAGUACCCAAAAUGGAAGCACCACAGAAGGGCCUGAUGUUCCUCCAAACACACGAGCCUCAUCUCCUCAUCAGUCCACAUCAGGAGAGGACAGCUCCAGGUUGCCUCAUGCAGAACCAAUUUCUCCAGAUCUUGAGGACAUAGCUGCACCAUGGAUUGAGGCAUUAGGUUCAGACUUAGUCUCAUGCCUUCUGUCUCGAAACUGGUCUAUCCGGGAAGUUGGACUGAAACACUUGAGUAAGGAAGUGAUGGCGGCCCUUCUGAAAGGUGCUGGGGAAGGAAGGUCAGGGGUCAUUGUGUCCCCAGUCAGACGUGCAGCCACGCACAACAUGUUGCAGACAGCCUGUAACAUCCUGGCAUACAUGUGUGCUGAUCCUGUGUACAGAGUCUUCGUUGCUUCCUUGAGAUCCCUGCGCACAAUGCUAGCGUACACACCCUGCCGGGAUGCUGAACAAAGAAACAGACUGCAAGACAUCCUAAAGCCAGUGGUUGAAGCCAUCAUUCUCAAGUGCACUGAUGGAAACAGACGGACUAGUCAGUUGUCCCUGUCUACCCUUGUAGAGCUGGUCAAAGGUCAGGAAGGGGAACUAGCAGUUGGUAGAGAGAUUAUCAGCCCAGGCAGUGAAGGCAUUGACGGUCUUAACUAUGUGUUAAAGUGCAUAACAGAAGAUUAUGACAUUGAAUCAGUUCAGUGGCAGUGGCUGCUGGGCAGGUUGUAUGUCAUUGACCGGCUGCUUGAAGAAUUCCCUGCUGACUUUCUACCUCGACCAGAAGAUAGCUUAGAUGCUGCUGGGGCUGCUGAUGCUGAUGAUGAAAUGGAACGCAGUGGAGCGGCAGGCCCCAGGGUGGCAGGAAGACAGGCAGAAUCUGGUGAAGAAGAUGCUUCGAAUUAUGACAGAUUGAUGUCGGUAGCACAGUUUUCAGUGAAAGCAGUCUGCAGCACACACAUGAGGAUUGCCAGGAUGUCUCGAAGGGUAUUUCUUUUGUCAGCCAAACUGGGUGCACAUGUGCAAACAGUCAUAUCACAGUUAAAAGACCUUCUGGCCCAGAUUGAUUCUACCUCAGUUGCAUCUCUUCGGCGGAAGUUAGACCGCAUUGUGGAAGAUUUCCAGCUUUCAGAACGCAUUGUCCACGAGCUCAUGCAUGGGUCUGGCAGGAGAGGUAAAUUUGAUUCUCCUUACCACACUCCCAUGGAUUCACCUUCGUCAACGCCCAGGUGCAACUCUCCUGUUUUAGCUGACUCUCGCAGCGAAGGUGGCACAUGCUCAACCCCAGAGAAACCUACGCCAGCAGCACCCCCGAAACACUCCUCUCCAUGCUAA